CGAAGAAUCUUAUAAUAUUAUUAGCAGACUUUCUACAUCGUGUACCAAUGGUACGUUUAAAUGGAGCAGYGAUUGGAUGUUAUWACUAGAAGGAUUAAUUCAAGUGCAUAUUAUCAGCAGUAGGAACAAAAAUAUGUUGAUACCGAGUAGGAUAGAAAAACUCGUYAUCGACUUGGCACAAUUAACUGACAAAAUGAAAGAAAAUAAUGARCUAUCUAUGAGAUUCGACAAACAGAUAAAUGUGAUAGCUUGCCCCGGAAUUGAGAUGAUUGGGAUUCAAUUUCAAGAAAUAAUAUUUGACAACAGUCWUUGGGAAAUUAUCGCGGAUGAGCUUCGAUUUAUCCAGAAUAUAGAUAAAACAGAGAUGAAUAUUGACGACGUAUUAAACGUAGUACUAGGAUUAAUUUCCACAAAUAUUAGCCAAAAAAAUAUAGAAAAUAUAUUGGUAAUAAAUGACUCGAAGAACAAAAAUGAAAACAUUUUGGAGUUUCUCGAGAAUAUCAUACAAAGGACGAGGAAAAACCUCAAUAUAAAAUUAAUUAGCAGAGAGUUCCUUAACCAGACAAUGAAUGAGGAUUUUAUUUUGACGAUUAUAAAUAAUGCGCAUUUUAAGGAUAUAAAAAAAUUCAUUAGUACUCUUGGUAAAGAAUCAUUUUUAUUGACAAUCAUAGAAACAGAAGAGAAAGAUAAGGUGAUUUCUGCAUUAGCAAGUGUUGGAUUAAAUGUCAUCUUAAAAAUCAACAUUUCUCUUUGUCGUAUUGUUCUACUUUUACGUAAAGAAAGAAAUUUAAGAAAAGCGAUUGUUUUGAGUAACCAAGAAAACUGUCUAGAUCGGUUAAAGAUCUGUUUACGAGACUCCAAAUAUGACAAUGUUUUAUUUGUGGUUAACACUAUCAAGGAUAAUGAUUUAUUUGAGAUACUUCAAGGUAUAAGACAAGAACCGGGAUAUAAGAAACUUCAUAUUUUCGAUCUACAAGAUGCAAAAGCACCAAAAUUCUCACUUCAAAAUGAAUUCUAUGAAUCACAAGUAAAACUUAAUCUUCGUGAAAACGUCUUAGCGCCAAAUGGGGAAUGGGGCACAUACAGAUGGAUGCCAUUGCCAGUGAAGCUCACUUCUUCUUUUCGUAAGAAAGCAAAAAUUAAUAAACCAAUUUCUUUAGAAUGGACGGAAGACCUACCAUUGUCUAGAAGAAAAAAUGAAAGUGUCGUAAAAGUAGAGUUUGCA